UCGCCACGCGCUCUUCCACGAGGAAGGAGAAGGAGGAGAGGAAGAAGAAGGAGAAGGAGGACACGUCGUUCGUUAGAGAGGCAAACAAAUCGAAUUCGCUCCGGCCGAUCGAGAUCAUGGCGAAGAAGCGGGUGCCCGAUUGGCUCAACAGCUCCCUCUGGUCCUCCCCGCCCCCGCCCAACGACGCGCGCCUCCUCCGCUACGCCUCCCGGUACGCCUACGCCGCCGCCGACGAGGGGGACGAGCCGCCGGCGUCGUCGUCGUCGGAUCCCCCGUCGCCGGCCCCGCCCCCGGCCGUCGCGAGGGAGGAGCCCGCGGGGGCGGCGAGGGCCGGCGGCAAUGACGAGGAGAACGGUGGCGCCGAGGGCCCGUACGGGGAGGAGUUCGCCAGGCAGGCUCAGCUCUUGGCCGAGCUAUCGAAGAAGGUGGUAAAUGUGAGGGAGUUGAGAAGGAUUGUGUCGCCCGGGAUACCCGAUGGCGCAGGGGUUCGUCCCACCGCGUGGAAGCUUUUGCUUGGUUAUUUGCCUCCAGAUCGCGGGCUCUGGCCAUCUGAACUUGCGAAGAAGAGGUCACAAUAUAAGAACCUAAAAGCGGAGGUUUUGAUGAACCCUUCAGAAAUUGCGAGAAGGUUGGAUAAAUCCACAAGCUGCGACAACGACGAGUCAAAAUUUCAAAGGCGUGGCAUACUCAAGCGAUCAGAAAUAACUCAUGGGGAGCAUCCCUUGAGCCUUGGAAAAAGCAGUAUCUGGAAUCAAUUCUUUCAGGAUGCAGAGAUUGUAGAACAAGUUGACCGUGAUGUGAAAAGAACUCAUCCGGAUAUGGACUUUUUUUCCGGAGAUUCGGCAUAUGCAAAAUCUAAUCAAGAUUCUUUGAGGAACAUAUUAAUUUUGUUUGCGAAGUUAAAUCCUGGCAUAAGAUAUGUCCAAGGCAUGAACGAAAUCUUGGCUCCUCUUUUCUUUGUAUUGAGAAAUGAUCCUGAUGAGGAGAAUGCGGCUGCCACAGAAGCAGAUACUUUCUUUUGCUUCGUUGAGUUAUUGAGUGGUUUACGGGACAACUUUUGUCAGCAGUUGGACAACAGUGCCGUGGGCAUCCGUUCGACAAUUACAAGGUUGUCGCAGCUUCUCAAGGAACAUGAUGAAGAGCUUUGGCGUCAUCUUGAGGUCACAACAAAGGUCAAUCCACAGUUUUAUGCGUUUAGGUGGAUUACUCUCCUGCUGACCCAAGAAUUUAGUUUUACGGACAUCCUACACAUCUGGGACAUGCUUUUAAGUGACCCUGAAGGUCCUCAGGAGACGUUGCUUCGCAUCUGCUGCGCAAUGCUGAUUCUUGUACGGAGACGCCUCCUUGCCGGCGAUUUCACCGCUAACCUUAAGCUGCUGCAACAUUACCCCUCCAUAAAUAUCAGCCAUCUGCUGUAUGUAGCCAACAAGUUGCGUUCUAAACCUUCAGCUUAAUUUUUACCCCCACUUAUAUCUCCUUUUUCCUCCUUUUUCAUACCUGGUUUUGCAUUUUCAAAUUUUUUUGUUGUACUGUAAAUCCGUGUAAAUUAUUGGGUGUAAAUGUCGGUCGACAUAGGAAAAAUUUCAACCCAAGAAUAGACUCUGCUUUUGUCAGUUGGUAUCGUUUGAUUAGAGAGAUCAGCCAUUUUCCUCUUCCUUUUCCACCUUUUAUUCUUACGAGCGUGCACUGAAGAUCAAGAACUUCACCUCUACACACGAAAAUGUAAUUUGCCCUUUCUCUUUUUUCGUUUUGUUAGUGAGUUCCAUGUGUAAUUUGUUGCAUUCAUGAAUCUUACAUUACCACUUGAUGCUUGAUCAUUUGAUCAAUAAGGCA